AGCAAGUAUAAGAAUCAGAUUUGAUAAAUGGCAUCAACGCUCUGCUGUAAAGCAUCCUCGAUCGUCUCCUCGUCCGCAGUACGACGUCGUUUGCCCUUGGUAGGGGCAUUUUGCAUGCUCAGUUUGGGCCUCUCCAAUCUCUGCCCUGCCCUCUCCUCCUCCCUCAAGACGGGUUGUGCUCAGUCUCUCCCUUUUGGGCCCUUUCUCCGCUCAAAGUUUGGUAAUCAGACGCCAGCUAAAAGCGUUCGCUCGAUCAGAAUGGAAGCAAAUCAGACUACCGUACCCAGUAUUGUCGUUUAUGUUACUGUCCCGAACAAAGAAGCGGGAAUGAAGUUAGCAGAAAGCAUAGUUAAAGAGAAGCUUGCAGCCUGUGUUAACCGAGUACCAGGUAUUGAAUCAGUUUAUCAUUGGCAGGGAGAGAUCCAGACAGAUUCUGAGGAACUACUUAUAAUCAAGACCAGGGAAUCUCUCUUGGAAGCUCUAACAGAGCAUGUUAAAGCAAAUCAUGAAUAUGAUGUGCCAGAAGUUAUUGCCUUGCCCAUCACUGGGGGCAAUCUGCAGUACCUAGAGUGGAUCAAAAACAGCACAAGGGACUGACUUCCUGAACCUUGGCAGGAGGUAUGGAUUAAAUGAAACUGAAUCUAGCAUGUGUAGAAAGCAACACUUGUGUUGGCUUGUAUAUGCAGAUGGUUGCAUCUAUCUCGUAAAUAUUUAAAAUUAAGCCUCUGUGUCAUCCCUAUCUCUGUAUUACCAUAUAAAGAUCUUCAGUUCGCUUGGGUGGAUAUUUGCUUUGAUGAAUACAGACUGAUGUGCUUCCUCACAUGUA